AUGAAUAUCAUUCCAGACUUAGAAGUUACUCCUUUUUACACUAAAAAGCGUAUUCUCAUACAUGGAGGAAUUGCACUCGCUGUCUUAGCUAUUAUCAAAUUUAAGAAAUACCUAAAGAAAUACAUUCCAGUUGGCAUUGCCUCAGAAAACUAACCAUUUAAUUCAGUUAAUCAACAUAAAAAACUCACCCAUGAGUCAUGCGGCACAUGGAAAGAUAUCAGACAUAACAGCUUUGAUUCAAACGAAUAGAUUAUCAUUAGCAAUCCUGAUAAAUUAAGAUAAAAGCUUUAAAAGAUGAAAAAAGCCGGUCUAAAAGAAUUAUAAAUUUGCUCUGACUUUGAUCAAACUAUUACUGCUUUUGGAACUAAAGAAAAACCUCAAAUGGCAACUUUAGGUAUGAUAAGAUAAUCAUAGCACGUUUCAACCCAAUUUAGAGAUAAUCUAAAAUAAUUAUUUACUAAAUAUCAUCCUUAUGAGUCCGAUAGCUAGCUUGAUAAAAAAUAAAAGGCUGCUUAUAUGUAAGAAUGGAAUGAUGGAGUCAGCGAAAAUUUCUGUAAAGAGCAAUUGACUAAAGAUAAAUUGCUUUCAAUUCUUGAAGAAUCUACCUUAGCAUUCCGCUAUAAUUUCAAAGAGUUUUUAAUAAGCCUUUCUAAUGUUAAUCUACCUUUCUAUAUAAUCUCAGGUGGAAUAUCAGCUAUUCUUCAAACUAUGCUUAAUUCUAUAUUAGAUACAUAAAAAGAUUACUCUAACUUCUUUUUGUUUAGCAAUUAAGCUCGUUUUGAUGAAUAAAACAUAUUAACUGAACUUAAAAUGGUAAUAAAUACUAUUUUAAAGGAUGAAUAAGUAAACUAAAAAGAAUUUAAACUUCGUAAAAAUACCCUCCUUUUCGGUGAUUAUCACCAUGACAUCUAUAUGUCUAAUUAAUUAGGAAGUGAAAAUACUGUUUCAAUUCUAUUUUUGAGAGACAAUUUGGUUAAUGAUAUUCCAAACUUAUAGAAAGACUGGGAUAUUAUAGUAAGAGGAGACGGCUCUUACAUUUUACAUUAAGCUAUAACUUAAUACAUAGCUGGAAGUGAGUGGUGUGACCUAAAGUUAUCAGAAUAAGCUGAAUAAGAAUUUAAUUCAAACCCUAUUUAUGAUGAAAUCAAAAAAUUGUUUGAUUGA